AUGUGCAGAAAAUUACUGCUAUUCUAUAAAGCGAUAGCUGUGUGGGACUACGCAUCGGCUGCUCCUUACAUUGAUAUCAACGUAAACGGAACACAACCGGUGGAUGCGGUGUUUUUUUCCGGGCACAAGUUUAUUGGAGGGGUUUCUACUCCUGAUGCUGAAUAUCGCGAGGAGGGUGGUACUCCAGACAGUGUAGGGAUUAUACGUCUGGCAUUGGCUGUGAAGUUGAAGCGGGCUGUAGGCGAACGUGCCAUCAUUGCGCUGGAGAAACACAAGACGAAGUGAGU